AUGCCAGAAUACUUAGCCCAAACAACGUACAAAGUUCCUCUCGACCCGGCUAAUGGGGUAUUCCAGUAUACCAAGGACUGGAAAGGCAAUAUGUUUCUCUACUACGAAGCCCAUUCUCGCGAGGGUGAAUCUUUCAAGUACGUCAUGGGAGGCGUCAUGGCCAACCAGGCCGGGUGGCUGGAUAUCUUCCCGCAUGAGCUUGUGUUGAUGGCGGUAUCGUCGGGUACGAUAUGGAACAAUUCCUCCAGGGACAUUAGGAACUGCCAGUCAGUCGUAUCCGCAGGUCGUCCCGAAGUCGUCGGGUUGUCCAAAUGCCCAGACCCGAUGAACAAGUUAGGCUAUGACUUCUUCACUCAGCAGCCGGUCAAGGGGCUCCGGGUCUACUACAUGCAUGGCGUACUUCAUGACUGCACACUCCUGAUUCACGAUCAUAUCACACCCCGUGCGCUGGCUCAUCCGCAUACCACCGCGUAUGAUCUGGUUAUGAUGGUUAUGGUAGCCGGAAUGGAACGAACGGAGGUGCACUUGGAGUUGCUGCAGUCAGAGCGAUACAAACUCGCUAGGAGCUGGAGAUCUCCAUUGGCCAUGUAG